AUAACAAAUUCCACUGCUUUCCUUGCUGGAAGAGAGGCAUGGAAUCCACUCUGAGUGAAGGCAUCAAGUUUAAGUUGCUAAUUACUUCCUGAUCGUGCAGAAUAAAAGCUACAUCUUUUGAAAUACACCAGGCAACUAAACGUUAUUUUUGGCUUUCCCUGAUGUUGGUUAAGGAAUCCAGAUGUUAUUGCAAUAACCACUCCAUAAACAAACAGAACAUCCAGCUGUGAGAACUGGCUUCUCAGCAUGCGUCCCGGCAGAGGCUCUUCCAGGGCUGGGCUCUGAUGGUCGCCCUGCUUCAGCACAGCCCUUACUGGCAGGCAGAGGGCUAUGGGCACAGUCACAGGCUGAAGUGUCAACACUUCAAACAACACAGGCAGUAUGAUGACAAGUCAGGGAUCAGCUCUAAUCUCAGCCCCCAAUUUAAUAUUUUGCUGAAUAUUCUUCUGAAGAUAGUUCAUCCCACACUGUACCAUGAUAUAAGAUGCUCCAAGGGUCUGAAGAGAGAGGGAUUUCUGCAGUCAAGAGAACUGGGAGACUCUUGGACAGUCACAAUGUGCAUUUGUAUAUUGAAGGCUCUUAAAAGUUCUGCACCAAAUAAACCCUUGGAUUGGCUUGAUCCAAUGCCAUGUUUCCAAAACCUACUUGCCGAUGGACACCUCAUUCCAUAACACAGGUUGACAUUUCUUCUAGAGAGUGUGCUUUGAUAAAUACUGCUCUCUCAACAUCGUGCAUUCAUCCAGCAAGUAUUUACCAAGCAGGGACUCUGGGCCAGAUCUGUGCCAGGCUCUGGAGGCUCUGAGUGGACCAGCCAGCCCUGGCCCCAUAGUGUCACUUCUCGUGGGAGGGGCAGCAUAUAAGCCAAUGAGAAAACGAAGAAACACACAGGUACUUUCAGAUGCUGAUCAUGACUACCACAAGAUAACAGAGUUCCAGGUGGUGUGUAUUUUGAGAUGAUCUUCUCAACAAUGAGACAGAAUGAACCAUGCAAACUUUGGGGGCUAUGAAAGUUUUAGGAAAGAGCUAGAGUGAAAAAUCCUUUGACCUAUAUAGAUACAAAUAAGUACAAAUUACAUGUGUGUAAUUUUACGUAGUUGACACCACAUUAUAUGCUGGCACCUGCCUUUUGAAAAUGUCAAAGGUAAUGUUGCCAGUCAAUAAAUACAUUUCACUAUCAUGUUCAAUUGCUGCAGGGCACUUAUUCAAGCGCAUACUGCAUUUUUCUUAACCAAGACUCAGUGGUGGGUAUAGAAAGU